CCCAUAUCCUCCCCUCGAAAAAAUAAUUACAAUCAUUGGUUCAUCUCUCUCUGAGCUUUCAAGUCUUGUCUCAUAUUUUAUAUACUCUUAUAAUGUUAUAAUAAAGAAAUAAAACCAUACUUCUAGCCUAGCUAUUAGCCUAUAAGUGGUGUAUAGUCUGACCCGAUUCAUUUCACCAGAGCAGCCUUCUUCUUCUUCUUUAUUCCUGUUCUCCUUCUUCAAUCUUCGGACUCUCCUGGUUAUCUCAAUAACGUUUCAGAUUCUGGGAUCUCUACUCUGAACAGAGACAAGGUGGAGAAAGAAGAAACGAUCAAAGAUUAAGACUCAACAGAGAGAGAGAUGUCUUGUAAUAAUGGCUUAGCUUUCUUCCCUGCAAAUUUCAGUCUACAAAACCAUCACCAAGAAGAAGAAGAAGAUCAUCAUCCUCAAUCUCUUCUUCCUUCUUGCACUCUACCUCAAGACUUCCAUGGGUUUCUUGGCAAGAGAUCUCCAAUGGCGAACGUAGAAGGGUUUUGUAACUUAGAGAUGAACGGAGAUGAAGAAUUCUCAGACGAUGGAUCUAAGAUGGGAGAGAAGAAGAGGAGAUUGAACAUGGAGCAAUUGAAGACGCUAGAGAAGAACUUCGAGCUCGGUAACAAACUCGAAUCAGAUCGAAAACUAGAGCUGGCUCGUGCCUUGGGAUUGCAACCUCGACAAAUCGCAAUUUGGUUCCAAAACAGAAGGGCUCGAUCCAAAACCAAACAGCUCGAGAGAGACUACGAUGCGCUCAAGCGUGAAUUCGAGAGUCUCAAAGACGAGAACGAAACCCUUCAAACUCAAAAUCAAAAGCUUCAGGCUCAGGUAAUGGCAUUGAAAAGCAGAGAACCAAUAGAAUCAAUCAAUCUGAACAAAGAAACAGAAGGUUCAUGUAGUAACCGAAGUGAGAACAUCUCAGGUGACAUCAGACCGCCAGAAAUCAACAGCCAAUUCGCCGGAGGCCAUCCACCGUCUUCACCGACAACUACAACGAUGCAGUUUUUUCAGAAUUCGUCGUCAGAACAGAGAAUGGUGAAAGAAGAGAACAGUAUCAGCAACAUGUUCUGUGGAAUCGAUGACCAGUCUAGUUUUUGGCCAUGGCUUGACCAGCAACAUUACAAUUGAAAUGUGGUCGACCUUUUUUUUUUUUGUUAAUCAAAUUUUCAUAUUUUCGGUUUUUAAGUGGUCACUCAAAACGAAUCCAUUAAUGUUUCGAGACUCUAUAAUUUACACCAAAUAAGCAAUACACCACACUAGUUUUUUUUUUUGGGUAACGUAACGAGAUGUAAAAAAAAUGG